AACAAACACUAUCUCACAAAUUCUUACAUAUUUGACACCUAUCUCUCAACCUCACCAUCACUAUCAUCCAAAUAUCAUCACAUUACCCUCUUUUCCUCUCACUUUAUAUAUUUCUCACUUCUUCCAAAUUAUUACACAAUCUAAUUCAUUCAUCCUCCACCAUGAAGUUCUUUAGUUGGAUGCAAAAUAAACUUGGUGGAAAACAAGACAAUGGAAAAUCAAACACAUCUACAUCUACUUCAUAUCAUGCGAAACAAGAGCCGAGAGAAGAAUUCAGUGAUUGGCCUCAUAGUUUGCUAGCAAUCGGAACAUUUGGAAACAAAGAUGAAAUCACACAACAAGGGGAUGAUCCAUCAUCAUCAUUAGAGGAAAUACCAGACUUCACUCAAGAAGAAAUUGGGAAGCUACAAAAGGAGUUAACAAAACUCCUAAGACGGAAACCGAAUGUCGAAAAGGAGAUUUCUGAGCUUCCUCUUGAUAGAUUUCUUAACUGUCCUUCAAGUUUGGAGGUUGAUAGGAGAAUCAGCAAUGCACUAUGCAGUGAAUUGUCAGAUGAGCACAAAGAUGAUGAUAUUGAGAAAACACUUAGUGUCAUACUUGAUAAAUGCAAAGAUAUUUGUAAAGAAAAAAGCAAGAAAUCAAUUGGAAAGAAAUCUAUUUCUUUUUUGAUGAAGAAGAUGUUUGUUUGUAGAAGUGGAUUUGAUCCAUCUCCUAGUCUAAGAGAUUCUCUUCAAGAAUCAAAAAUGGAAAAGCUUUUAAGGACAAUGCUUCACAAGAAACUUCAAACACAAAACUCUUCUCGCACAUCGGUGUUAAAGAACCGCAUAGAGGACAAGAAAACUAUAAGGAAGAGAAAUCAAGAUGAUGAAGAACCAGAGGAGAGAUCUGAUGAAGGAAGCAAAUGGGUCAAAACUGAUUCUGAAUAUAUUGUUCUAGAAAUAUAAUUCUACUCCUAUGUUCAACAUCUUUAAUUAGCGCAUGUUCAGAUUGAAGAAAGAAAUGAAAGAUAUAUAUACAAUAUAUGUACAAGAUUAUGGGGAGAAGAGUAUGAAGUGGAGCUCAUGAAUUUUUUCUAAAAGAAGUUCAUGUAUGUGAUAUCUUUGUUUUGUUAACAGUGCAAUCUGUUAAUUUUUUCAUGUGCUUGUGUCUACAAAUGUGGAACAACUCAUGUUAUGGAAAAUCACAAGAUGGAUUUCUGAUUUCUUUCUACUAGCAUAUGGCUAGAAUUUUCAUUACAUAAUUCACAUCUUUUUUUU